GGUCAAUUUUUUCAAGUUUUCAUUUAAAUUAUAAUUAUACGUCAAUAUAAUAUAUUUUUUUGUUGGUGAGUUUCUUACAACCGUUACAAUGUCGUUUUUUAAAAAUGUUACAUCGGGUUUUAAUAUUCGUAGUCGAGAUACCGUUCUAAAAGAAUCAUUAAUAAAUAACUUGUCGGAGUGUGUAAAAGACAUCCAAUACAAUAGCCAAUUUGAAGAAAAUUUCCACAGUAUCUUGGGUUCAACUGAUUCAACAAACACAUUGUGCAUGGCAUUAGAAGCUAUAUUUUUACAUGGUUUAAAAGAUACGUUUUUACGAAAAGCAAAAAAUGUGAUUUCUGGAGAUCCAGACUAUCGGCCGCAGUCAAGCUUCUGGCCACUUAUUUUAGUACUGUCCCAUCGUCAAAAUAUUGAUCAGAUAUCUGCGUUACCACAAAUUAACACUGAAAUAGGACAAUGUAGAGCAUGGCUUCGUAUAGCACUCAAUGAAUGUUUACUUUCAUCAUACAUGUCCACUCUUGUAAAAAAUAUAUCUGCUGUCAAGCCAUUCUACAACAGAAGUGCGUUUGUUUGUGAUUCUGAAGUUCUUGAAGUAGCGCAAAAAGUAAUACAAGGAUUAGAAACAUGUGUUCAGUUUAAUUUGCCAACAAACUCAAGUCUUCUUAAUCAAUGGCCAGAGCAAGUAUUGAUGCAAGCUGGUAUCUGGGUACCAACUAUGAAAGUGGCUCCUAUUUCUGCUGGUUUGGAUGUUGUUAGCACUUUGUCUGAUGAUGUAAAACCAAAGUUAGCAUUAACUCCAAACAAAUCAUCCAAAGUUACAGGUUUAGGUAAAAUGUGGGCUUUGAAUGAAGAUGAAGCUCUAGAUUUUAUACUGUCUAAGGAUUCAGGACAGACUUCAAGUAAUGACAAUGUAACAGUAAUUGAAAAAAAAAAUGAGAAUGUUAACGUAACUUAUUUAAAUCCUGAAAUUGGAACUAUUGUUAAAGAAACUGGGGAAGAACCUAGUGUGAUGCAAGAUUCAAUUCAAAUAUAUGGCACAUCUGUUGAUUCUGUGGGUUUUGAUGCUCCUAGUGAUGUUGUUAUAACAGGAAAUUCUUUAAGUGGCAAAGGUUGGUCCAAAGAUUUGAAUGAUGAUAAUGAAUCUGUUAACUCAAAUUCAUCUUAUGGGAGUAGUAUGAUAAAAACUCCAGAACUUAAGAGUCUUUCAUCUCUUAUUGAUAACUCAAACUUGUAUGUUGAGACAAACACUAACACUCCUAACUUAAGAGAUAUUAUGAAAGAUAUUCAUAAAGAGUUGAAAAUUACCACUGAAGAUAAUGAUGAUUGUCAAUUGAUUAUUGAGGAUAAUGCUCCUGAUGAUCCAUCAUUACAUAGCUUAGAUUUUGAGGUCAUUUCAAAUUCAACAGGUUCAUUCACAGUUAAUGAAUUACAAAAAAUGAUGAAGCAAUUAGGGUUGCUAUCUAGAGAAAAGGGUCUAGAUAGUCAAAACUAUCAAUGUCAUGGUUGUCAGGAUCUCUUAGGAAGCACAGUAUCAAAGGCCAAAGUUUGUGGUUAUACUGGAGAAUACUUUUGCUCUAAUUGCAUGGAUCCUAACGUAUUCAUUAUUCCUGCUCGAGUUAUUCAUAACUGGGAUUUUAAAAGAUAUCCUGUUUCCAAAAGAGCAGCACUAUUUCUUUUGGAAUUUCAACAUCAACCAUGGAUAGAUAUGAAAAAGCUGAAUCCAAAAAUUUAUGUUGGAGUGUCAGAUAUGGAAAACUUGCAAGAAUUAAGAGUUCAAUUAAAUUUUCUAAGAGCAUACAUAUUUACCUGUCGGGAGCCAGUAAUUGAAGAAUUGCAAAAACGGGUAUGGCCAAGGGAGUAUUUAUAUGAUCAUGUGCAUUUGUAUACUAUUUCAGAUUUGGCUCAAAUACCAAAUGGAUCUUUAGUGUUGCAAUUGGAAAAAGUUGUCCACUUUGCUAAAGGUCAUGUUUUAGAGUGUUGGCUCUGUAACCAGAAAGGCUUUAUAUGUGAGGUUUGCAGAGACCCAAAAAUAUUAUAUCCUUUUGAAACUAGUACAACAUUUAGAUGUGAUGAGUGCUCAAGCGUAUUUCAUUCUAAAUGUUUAAAUGACACUUUGCCAUGUCCUAAAUGUAAGAGGAAGCAAGAGCGUACAAAUGAUUCAACUUUAAUUGAUGCACUACAUUGUCUUAAAUUGAAAAAUACAGAUAAGUGAAAUGUGUAUACUACACAAGUGAAAUAUGUAGUAUUUUGCUACAUUGGAAAAUGCUGUUAUUGAGAAGGAAGUCAAAAUUGGCCAAGAAACCUAGUUUGUGUCAGUGCGGUGUAAAAUAAGGAUAUAUUAAUAAGGUAGGCUUAGGAUAAAUAUAAAUAAUAUCAUGUAUAUCAAGAAAUUAUUGGAUUAAAAAUCCUUUUGUAGACCUUAAUAUGAUCCCUAUGACAGAAUUGUUAUUAUAACUAUAUGUGUAUGAAAUUAGUGAAACUAGUAAAAUUUCACAUAUUAUAGUGAAAAGAUAAUGUAACAUAGAUUUAUCUUAUCUGGAUAGAACAAUAGGAUAUUUAAAAAUACACCUUUACAAAUUUUAAUAUAUAAUCUUGCUGUUAGUUAUUAGGAUGUAUUGUAUUGUAAUCUAAGUUUAUUUAACAAAAAUUACCAAC